CACAAUUUUUUUGGCAGAAUCAUCCCAAAAUUAUAAGUACAUUAUGGACUCUAUUUACCUCUUUGAAGUAUACAUUAAAUCGAUGACAUUCGAAUCAGCACUUCAACCAUUCCCAGAAAAAAGUGAUCUUGAAAUAAUAAUUAAAUUUGCAAAUAAUUCGAUAUUUCUUGAUACUGCUGGACUUGAUGACUGGCCUGAAGAGGAAAAAAAGUAUCAUACGAAGCUACCAUUUAAUUUAGGCAAAUCCCUUAUUUUCACAAAUCGACCUUCGAAACUACUGAAGCUGAUGUAUGUGCCCAUUGAAGUAAUUAUAAAUGAUUCAUACAGAGCUAUCGGCAACAUAAAAAUUCCUUGGCUACACUUCGAAAAUAUGCUAAUAGGAAGAAAAGCGGAAUCGCAGGGGCCAUGUAAAGUGGAAGGAGAAUUUAAUUUAUCGUAUAGGGAAAAGGAAUUGGGAAGUAUAGAUUUAUAUAUACGUCUAUCCGUCUUUGGCACCACUGUUGAAAGUGCCUUUUGUAUUAAGGAAGACUUUCUUGAAGACGAAAAGUAUCUAUUUAGCCAACCCAAUAUUAACGAGAAAGUUCAUUGUAAAAAAGUUAUGUCAGAAGAAUGUCCCAUCAGCAAACAAGUUUUCCGGCCAAAAUGGGAAACAGAAAAGCCAACAGAUGACGUCCUUUCCUGGGCACAGUUAUUUAAAACAAAUUUGGGUACCAGAUUUAGUAUGGCAAAUCCUGAAUUUGGCCUACUUAUAUCCACAGUAAGUGCCGUGAGUAUGAUGACAAUGGGUGAAAAACCCAACGAGAAAAAGGUUAAAGAAAUUUGUGAAAUGAUAGAACAUGUUGUGCUGGAUCUGGAUAAAGAAGAAAAUCCAGAUAUAGAAAUUUUAACACUUGAAAAAAUCCUACAAAAAUGUUGCCAGAAGAGAGAUUGCAAAGGCGUUGACUUGUUUAGAAAAGCCGGAAUAGUAUUUAAUAGAUUAUCAAAACCAGCUCACCACUACGAACCCGACGAUCAACCCCGCAACUACGGAAUUAGCAGGGCGUUUGGUAAAUUGGAGUUACACGGACCAGAAACUAAAUAUCGAAGACCUAAACGUGUUUAUGAUCCAUAUCAACCUCCCUCUAAGUGUUAAGCAUCAUUACAUUAAUAUAUUUCAUUGAAUUCUGCCAAAAAUUUACGAGUAUUCCUUAAAUAUUAUUCCAAUUACGAAUAUAAUUGAAGUGAUAUUUAUUCAGCAGUAAAAGAAGUAGGAAAAUUUUAAUGUUCUGCCCUUCAACAUUCAAAUAUAGAAAAAAUAACCCUUUGAACACUUAGGAAGCGGCAUUACAAAGGUAAAUGUGACCCUUUUCGGAACACUCAAAUAAGACCGCAAACAUUUCAACGUUGAAGAGUCCAAUUCCAUUGUGGGUCAGUUUACACAAUGAUUUAUCGCCAAUGAACUUGAAAAUUGCUGCAGAUAAAAUUUACUUUUUGUCUAUUUGGGUUAAUCAGCGGCUCACUGAUUAGUUUGUAGUUCAUUGGUUUUUUAACAAUUGUUUUGAUAACACGGCGGAAUUAAAAGCUCGGGAAACUAAUUUAA